AACAAAAAUAUUUUUUUAGUUAUUGUGAAAUGCAGUUUGACGCUUUCUGAUUUAUUUUUUUUUUAUUUUUAUUUAUAACAUAAAUAAAUAAAUUAUUAUUUAAAUAAUUUUUUUUAUUGUGAAUUGUGUCUGUGUGUGUGAGAGUGUGUGUUUUUUUUUUCAUACUACUUUUGUUGAUAAAUAUUCAUAUGUGAUUUAUUAUAGUGAUUGGUUUCAAGAUUAUUGUGUUUUUUAUUUGGAAAAAAAAAUCAUUUAUUCAAGUGGCUAAUGUGAAAAGAUGGUGAAUAUUCGUGAUGUGCCCUAGUGCAUCAAGUUUAAUAUUAACAUCAUCAAAUACUAAAAAAAAAAAAAAGAAAAUUCAUACAAGAUAAUAUUCUCGUUAAAAACGAGAUAAUUUGAGUGAUCAUGCUGGUGUUGUCAUCAAAACGAAUAAUCAACGUAUGAUUAAAUCCUCGACUAAACAUCACGAGGAUUUAUAAAAAUAAACAAACAGAAAUAAAUAAAUAAAAAUACUAAACAAAGUAUUAAAAAUAAAAAAAUAAAAAUAUGAAUAAUCCAGUGUGGUUAAUAGAUAAUAAAAAAACCAUGAAAUUACCGGUAUUUUUAACAGUACCACCACCACCACGAUUAAAUAAAAAAAUAUUUAAAAAUUAUAUUAAAAUAAAUAUGACAUUUUCAUCAUUGUGGCUAACAAUUAUGAUAAUUUUAAUUGUUAUAAUUAAUAAUACAAGUGCUGUAUCAAUACCAUCAGCUUCAUCAUCAUCACCAUAUUCAUAUUUAUCAUCAACAACAUCAGUACCAGGUCCAUUAGCAUAUAUGUCAUCAACAACACAAUCACCAUUGUCAUCGUCAAAUAUUUUAGCAUCAACAAAACCAUUAUUAACAAAAGCACCAUUGACAAAUGAUGAUGUACUAUCACCUCAUGUUGUUGCUAGAUUUCCACCAAAUAAUCAAUAUAAAAUUAUGAAAAAUGAUGUUGAUACUAAUUUAACAAAUCAAGAUGUUAAAUUUAAUCAUCUUACUAUUGAUCCAGCAAGUGGAAGGCUAUAUGCUGGUGGUGUUAAUCAUCUAUUUCAAUUUAAUUCAAAUUUACAACUUGAAGAACUUAUAUCAACUGGACCAAGACGUGAUAAUCCCCAGUGUCAUGCAACCGGAUGUACAUCACAUGAAAUGACAACAUCAUUAAUGGAUAAUAUAAAUAAAUUAUUAAUUGGUGAUAUUGAAUCACAAACAUUAAUAGCAUGUGGUUCAUUACUUCAAGGUGCCUGUGAAAAAUAUAAAAUGUCAAAUAUAUCAAUAAAACCAGAGUUUUUACCACACAGUGUUGCUGCAAAUGAUGAGUUAUCAUCAACAUAUGCAUUUAUUGGUCCAGAACGUUAUAAUCCAUGGGGUAGAACAAAUGUUUUAUAUGUUGGUACAACAUUUACAAAUAACGGUGAAUAUCGUCAUGAUGUACCAGCAAUAUCAUCACGUGAUUUAUUAACAAUGGAAUUUGCAAAAUACACAUUUAAUAAACAAUCAAUAUUACAUAUUGAUGUUAAAUAUCGUGAUCAUUUUUUAGUUAAAUAUGUUUAUGGUUUUAAUGCAAGUGAAUAUGCAUAUUUUGUAUUGGUACAAAAACAAUCGUAUUUACCAGAACAAGAAGAACUUGGUUAUAUAACUAGAUUAGCAAGAAGUUGUAUUAGUGAUCCAAAUUAUGAUAGUUAUACUGAAGUUACAUUACAAUGUUCAGUUGAUAUUGGUAAUGGUACACAACAAAUAUAUAAUUUAUUACAAGAUGCUAAAGUUGCUAAAGCUGGUAGUGAUUUAGCAUUACAACUUGGUAUAUCUGUUGGUGAUCCAAUAUUUGUAUCAGUAUUUUCACCAAGUAAAGGUAUUACAAAUGAAGCACAACCAAAAUCAGCAUUAUGUGUUUAUUCAUUGCAAGAAAUUGAAACAAAAUUUAAUGAAAAUAUACAUAUGUGUUUUAAUGGUAGUAUUAAAUAUAGAAAUAUGGGAUAUAUUAGUGGACCAAUACAGGAUGGUGAAUGUCCAAUUGCUGGUACAACUGGUAAUAUAUUAAAUUUUUGUGAAGUUGGAUUAAAAAUAUCUGGUGUAUCACCAAUUAUUGGACAAUCAGUUGUUAAUUUUUCUGAUACAUUUGUAACAUCAAUAACUGUUGCUAAUACUGAAAGUCAUACUGUUGCAUUUCUUGGUACAAAUGAUGGUAUAUUAAAAAAAGUAUUAUUAUCAUCAUCAAGUGGUAAUAAUAAUAAUGAACCUGGUACAUCUGUUUAUGAAAGUAUUGUUAUUGAUAAAAAUAAUAAAUUAUUACCUGACAUGUUAUUAUCAUCAAAUGGUGAUUAUUUAUAUGUAUUAUCAACAUCAAGAAUAACAAAAGUUAAAGUUGAACAUUGUAGUGGUUAUACAAGUUGUAGUAAAUGUUUAGAUGCUAAAGAUCCAUAUUGUGGUUGGUGUUCAUUAGAAAAACGUUGUACAAUACGUGGUGCAUGUCAAAAAGCAUCACGUAGUUCACCAAGAUGGUUAUCAUUAUCAACUGGACAACAGUGUAUUGAUUUUGAACAAAUAUUACCUGAUCGUUUACCAAUUAAACAAAUGAGUAAAGUACAGUUAACAAUACGUACAUUACCAGAAUUACCAUCUGGUGCAAAUUAUAAAUGUGUAUUUGGUAAUGCUGAACCAGUAAAUGCAUUAAUGACAGGUUAUGGUUUAAUAUGCACAGUACCAUCAAUAAAUCAACGUCCAAAUAUACCAGAAGAUACUGAUCAUAUUUAUGUACCAUUAUCAGUACGUUCAUCUGAAACAAAUAAAGAUUUUGUAUCACGUAAUUUUGCAUAUUUUGAUUGUUCACGUCAUACUGUUUGUACUGAAUGUGUUAAAGCACAAUGGGCAUGUAGUUGGUGUGUUUAUGAUAAUAAAUGUACACAUAAUACAUCUGGUUGUCAGGGUAAUAUUAUAUCUGGUGAUAAUAAUAAUCAAGCAAAUUUAGCUGCUCAUGGAGUACAAUAUUGUCCACGUUUUACAAAACGUGAUAAACCAUUAAUGUUACCAAAUAAUGUACCUAAAGAAAUAAUACUUGAAGGUGAAAAUUUACCACAUCCACAAGUUGGACAUACUGGUUUUCAAUGUAUUGUUACAAUUGAAGGUGCUAAUUUACGUGUACAAGCACGUGUUGAUAGUAGUCGUUCAAUAGUAUGUGAUAAAACAAUAUAUUCAUAUGAAUCAUUGACUGGUGAAUAUGAAGCAUCAGUAACAGUUGUAUGGAAUACAAAUCAUCAUAUUGAUCGUACUAAAAUAAUAUUAUAUAAAUGUGAAGUACUUGGUUCACAUCGUGAACAUGCUGAUUGUUCAUUAUGUAUGACACGUGAUAAACGUUUUGAAUGUUCAUGGUGUGGUAAUAGUUGUACAUAUCGUCAUUCAUGUUUAUAUUCACCAUUUGCUGAAUGUCCAAAACCACGUAUUGAUAUGUUUCGUCCAUUAAGUGGUCCAAUUGAAGGUGGUACACUUGUUACAAUUGAAGGUAGUAAUUUAGGUUUAAAAGAAAGUGAUGUUAUGGAUAAAAUACAUAUUGGUAAUAUACCAUGUAAACUUGUUGAUUAUGAAGUAUCUGUUAGAAUAGUAUGUCGUACUGGUAAACGUGAUACACAAGAUACUGCUAAAGUUAUUGUUGGUAAUGAUGCUGGUUAUACUGAAAGUGCUGUAUUAUUUCAUUAUCAAGAUAUAACAUUGACAGGUAUAUAUCCAACAGUUGGACCACAAAGUGGUGGUACACAAAUUGCAAUAAGUGGUAAUUAUUUAAAUAUUGGUAGUACAAUAACAGCAUAUUUAGAUGAAUUACCAUGUAUUGUUAAUAUAACACAAGCAAGUAGUACACGUUUAACAUGUCGUACAUCAAAAUCUGGACAUGUACGUUUUAUUAAAAAGCUAACUUUAUCCAUUGAUGGUGCUAAUAGAACACUUGAUAAUAAUCCAUUUAAUUAUACACAAGAUCCAACAAUUAUGGAAAUUAAACCAUUACGUAGUUUUGCAUCUGGUGGUAGAAUGAUAACAGUACAUGGUACUAAUUUAGAUACAAUACAAAAACCAGAAAUGGAGGUUUAUUAUGAUAAUGAUAUUAAACCAAUUAAUACAACAAUAUGUGUUGUAUUAAAUCCAACACAAAUGGAAUGUCCAAGUCCAAGUAUUGCAUAUAAAUAUUUAACUACAAAACAUGAAAAUUAUUUAAAAAAUAGAUUAAAAAGAUCAUUACAACAUAAACAACAUUCGUCGUCGUCAUUAUCAACAUCAACAUCAAUUUCAUCAUUAUCAAUAAAUAAUAAUAAUAAUAAUGUUAAUUUAAAUGGACCAAAAGAAUCACAGUUAUCAUUAAAAAUUGCAUUUGUCAUGGAUAAUGUUGAUAGUGUACGUGAUAUUGAAAAAUAUUUUCAAAAUAUUAGAAAUCAUUUGUCAUAUGUUGAUGAUCCAAAAUUUUUUUCAUUUCCACAAAUGUUAAAAUUAUAUAAAGGUGAUACAUUAGUUAUUGAAGGUGAAAAUUUAAAUACAGCAAGUGAUGAAACAGAUGUUAUUGUAACUGUUGGUACAUCAUAUUGUAAUGUAACAUCAUUAGCACAUACACAAUUAGUAUGUACACCACCAGAUCAACAACCAUCAUCAACUGAUGAAAUGGGAAUUAAAAAUGAACGUAAUUUACCACUUGUUGUUGUUAGAGUUGGUAAAACAUUAAGAUUUACAAUUGGUUAUUUACAUUAUGAAGUUAUUAAAUCAUAUCCAAUACCACCAGAAGCAAUUGCUGGUAUUGCUGCUGGUACAUUUAGUUUAAUAUUUAUAUUUAUAAUUGUACUUAUUGUUUAUAGACGUAAAAGUACACAAGCUGAACGUGAAUAUAAACGUAUACAAAUACAAAUGGAUACAUUAGAAAGUAAUGUUAGAAUGGAAUGUAAACAAGCAUUUGCUGAAUUACAAACAGAUAUGACUGAUUUAACAGCUGAUUUAGAAUCAUCUGGUAUACCAAUAUUAGAUCAUAAAAACUAUAUUAUGAAAGUAUUUUUUCCUGGUGUUAUUGAUCAUCCAAUAUUAAAUGAUCCACGUUUACCUCGUAAUAAUCGUACAACAAAUAAUAAUUAUGAUACAGCAAUGUUAAAAUUUCAACAAUUAAUUAAUAAUAAAUGUUUUUUACUUAAAUUUAUUGAUACAAUUGAGGGACAAGUUGAUUUUAAUAUACGGGAUAAAGUAAAUGUUGCAUCAUUAUUAAUGAUAAUAUUAAUGCAUAAUAUGGAUUAUGCAACUGAUAUAUUAAUGAAUUUAUUAAUACGUCUUAUUGAUAAAUCAGUUGAUAAUAAAUAUCCACAAUUAAUGUUACGUAGAACAGAAUCAGUUGUUGAAAAAAUGCUUACAAAUUGGAUGGCAUUAUGUAUGUAUAAUUAUUUAAAAGAUUAUGCUGGUUCAUCAUUAUUUUUAUUAUUUAAAGCAAUUAAACAUCAAAUUGAAAAAGGACCAGUUGAUUUUAUAACACAUGAUGCACGUUAUUCAUUAUCUGAAGAACGUUUAUUACGUGAAAAAAUUGAUCAUUGUAUUGUAACAUUACAUGUUGUACAAGAUGAUUUAGAUGAAAAAAUACAAUGUAAAGUACUUGAUUGUGAUACAAUAUCACAAGUUAAAUCAAAAAUACUUGAUUCAUUAUAUAAAAAUACACCAUUUUCAAUGCGUCCAUUAAUAACAGAUGUUGAUCUUGAAUGGCGUCAUGGUAGAGGUGGUCAUUUAACUCUACAAGAUGAAGAUUUAACAACUAAAAAUUCAGGUGAUUGGAAAAAAAUUAAUACACUAUCACAUUAUGGUGUUAAAGAAUCAGCAGUUAUGUCCCUAAUACCACGUCAAAAUCAUGAUACAUAUAAUGAUAAUAAUGUCAAUUAUAAUAAAACAUAUAAUACAUGCAAAUCAACAAGUCAUAAUUAUCAUAAUAGUCGUCAAUCAUUAAAUCGUAUUGGUAAUAAUUGUACAACUGGUAGUCAUCAAACAACAGCAGCACCAAUUAUGUAUUCACAUAGUGGUGGUGGUGGUGGCAUUUAUUUUGAUUCACAACAUCAUCAUCAUCAUUCACCAUCAUUAAUAACAAAUGGUGAUAUUGAAAGUGGUAUUAAUCAAAGAUUAUGGCAUUUAGUUAGACCAAUUGAUGAACAAGUAUGUCCACCAAGUAUUGGUAAUUUUGCAAAUUCAAAACAUCAUCAUCAUCAUCAUCAUCCACCUGAACGUACACACAAAGCAAUACCAGAAAUUUUUUUAACACGUUUAUUAUCAACAAAAGGUACUGUACAAAAAUUUGUUGAUGAUUUUUUUAAUACAAUAUUAACAGCAAAUGAAUCAUUACCAAAUGCUGUUAAAUGGCUAUUUGAUUUUUUGGAUGAAUCAGCAAAACGACAUGGUAUUACUGAUCCAGAAGUAUCACAUGCUUGGAAAUCAAAUAGUUUACCACUUAGAUUUUGGGUUAAUUUUAUUAAAAAUCCAGAUUUUAUGUUUGAUAUUAAUAAAACAACAACUGUUGACUCAAGUUUAUCUGUUAUUGCACAAACAUUUAUGGAUGCAUGUUCAACAACUGAACAUCGUCUUGGUAAAGAUUCACCAUCAAAUAAAUUAUUAUUUGCUAAAGAUAUACCACAUUAUCGUGAUAAAGUUGGACGUUUUUAUCAUGAUGUACAAAGAUUACCAACAAUAAGUGAUCAAGAAAUUUCAUAUUCAAUGCAACAAUUAAGUGCAUCGCAUGCUAAUGAAUUUGAUAUUAUUGCUGCACUUAAAGAACUUUAUAUUUAUGUCAAUAAAUAUUAUGAACAAAUUUUAGAAGCCUUGGAAUCGGACUCUGGCUGUCGUAAAUUACAUUUACCACACAUACUUGAAAAUGUAGCAUGUACAAUUCAUGGCGAAGAGACAAGUGCUUGCUGACACAAUUUUACAUCUAAUUUUAUCAUCGAAUAGUAGUCAAACAUCCCAGUUAUUUAAUUUUUUUUAAAUAUAUUUUAAAAUAUAAAUUUUAUCAACAAAAAAAAAAAGGAUUAAAAAAAAAAAACACUUGACUAGUGCCUCGAUAUUGCGCAUCAGACUCACCUCGUUUAUAUGUACAAAGAAUAAUAAAAAAAUAAUAAGGGAAAUGGAAUGCAAAAAAAUGUAACUAUUGCUGCCAUAUAAAACUAGAAAAAUGAUGAAAUGAAAAAAUAGUCUUUGCACCUUUGGAAUUGGUCCCUUGAAAAAUUUAAAAAAAAAUUAAUAUUAUAAAUACAAAACGUCAACGAUACACAAAGCAAAUAUAAAUAAAAAAAAACCCUAUUCAUGUUCAAUUUCACUGCCAAUAAAUAUGCUAGAUUAAAAGACAUAAACACAAAAAAAAAAAAAAUAA